CACAGGUGGAUACUCUCCUUCCCUCAGGAAAAAAACAGGAAUAUCUCGGCAAGAGUUUAACAGAGCAUGGCUCCUCGGCCUGAGCAUGGCAACGGCACCUCCGAUGGUCCUAUGGACCACGAUGGAGAUGGCGCCAAGACCAAGGAUGGGGUGAUCUUACCUGCCUAUUCCACGGCAGCCUUGGUGGAUGACCAACUGGAGGAAUCGGCUGACGACCCCUGGGACCUUCCCGCUCUGAGGGACACGGGGUUGAAGUGGUCAGAUUUGGAUACCAAGGGGAAAGUAUUGCGUGUGGUGACAUCCAUUGCGAAGCUUUGUGGCUUACUAGGAUUUCUGUAUAUGUUCGUUUGCUCUCUGGAUGUUCUAAGUUCAGCUUUCCAACUUGUUGGAGGUAAGGCGGCUGGGGACAUCUUUCAAGACAAUGUGGUUCUGUCCAAUCCUGUGGCCGGACUGGUGAUCGGAGUCUUAGUGACAGUUCUUGUGCAGAGCUCCAGCACGUCCUCUUCCAUCAUAGUCAGCAUGGUGUCUGCGGGAUUGCUUGAGGUCCGGCGUGCUGUGCCCAUCAUCAUGGGUGCCAACAUUGGCACGUCGGUCACCAACACCAUUGUGGCCAUGAUGCAGGCUGGCGACCGCAACGAGUUCCGCAGGGCCUUUGCGGGCGCCACUGUGCAUGACUUCUUCAACUGGCUGUCGGUGCUGGUCCUGCUGCCUCUGGAGGUGUUCACGGGCGUGUUGUACCUCAUCACGGAGAAGAUCAUCACCAGCUUCAACAUUCAGACCGGAGAGGACGCUCCAGACAUCCUGAAGGUCAUCACCGAACCCCUCACCAAGAACAUCAUCGAGUUGGACAAGUCUGUGAUCAACGCCAUUGCCACCGGUGACCCUUCAGCCAGGAACAGGAGUCUGAUCAAGAUCUGGUGCAAAACAAGGACAGAGAUCAGUCUUGAAAACGUGACAGUGCCAGGACCCGAGAACUGCACCUCUGUUGAUCUGUGCUGGACUGAUGGAAACAUAACAACCACCCUCAAGAAUAUCUCAGAGACGAUAAAUAUAGCAAAAUGCAAGCACAUCUUUGCCAAUGCCAACCUGCCCGACCUGGCGGUGGGCCUGAUCCUGCUGGCCGCGUCCCUGUUCGUCCUGUGCUCCUGCCUCAUUCUCAUUGUCAAGCUGCUCAACUCCAUGCUGAAGGGACAGGUGGCCGUGGUCAUCAAGAAGGUGCUCAACACAGACUUCCCGUACCCCUUUGGGUGGUUGACCGGCUACAUUGCCAUGUUUGUUGGUGCGGGAAUGACCUUCAUCGUCCAGAGCAGCUCGGUCUUCACCUCGGCCAUCACGCCACUUGUGGGGAUCGGUGUCAUAAGCAUUGAGCGGGCUUAUCCACUCACACUGGGCUCUAACAUAGGAACAACAACCACCGCCAUUCUUGCCGCCUUGGCCAGCCCAGCGGAGACAUUGGCAAACUCCUUACAGAUAUCCCUGUGUCACUUCUUCUUCAACAUCUUCGGCAUCCUGCUGUGGUACCCCAUCCCCUUCACGCGCCUGCCCAUCCGACUGGCCAAGGCGCUGGGCAACCGCACGGCCAAGUACCGCUGGUUCGCCGCCGUCUACCUCUUCCUCCUCUUCUUCCUCAUGCCCCUCACCGUGCUGGGCUUGUCCAUAGCUGGCUGGCAGGUGCUGGUGGGCGUGGGCGUACCCAUCGUGACCAUCCUCCUGCUGGCGGCGUUGGUGAACGUCAUGCAGUCGCGCUGCCCGCAGUACCUGCCCGGUGUGCUGCGGACCUGGGACUUCCUACCGCGCCCGCUGCACUCAUUGGCGCCGUGGGACCGGGUCGUGACGUCGGUCAUGGGCUUCUGCGGGACGCGCUGCUGCUGCUGCUGCAAGUGCUGCCGCAAAGGAGAAGGCGAGGAGGACGAGGAGAAGAAGGCUGGCGGGGAGGUGGACAGGAAGAGCCUGGAGAUGUAUGACAAUCCGGCGCUCUCCACAAAGGACGAAGGACCUCCUACCCAGACACAUUUUUAAAGAGCUUCUAUUGGGCUAUUGCUGCUACUGAUGUAUGCUCUCUUGCUCUCUCUCUCGCUCUCUGAUAGGACUAAUAGGAUGAAUUGCCCUAAUGUGGGAUAUUCAUUGCAUUCCGGAGUGUGUUUUGGAAUGCAAUGUACUACAAUGGUUGGCUCAUAAUGCAAGCUGUACCACCAGUGACACACUGUAAUAGUCAUUGAAAGGUUAAUUACCAUAGUAUUACUCUACUAUGACUUAACAGACAGCCUUUAAUAAUGCACUAUGGUAUGGACUCGGUCAUUGCCAUUCUGGUAACAGCAAAUUUAUAACGCCGUGUUUUAACGGGUUAAGAAAACAUGGAAAAUUAGUUUACAGCUGUAGGUGUCUGACAUUAGUCAGUUUACCACAACAGGACAAUUCACCUUACUAUCAGGGGUGAAAAUGCCAAAGAAGUCGGGCAGGAGAUUGUGUUUGGAGAUGCAUCAGAGAGGCAUUUAUUCAUUGUAUUUAUUGCUGUAACAUAUCAAUUUUUAUUUUGUAUUCUACAAUGUACUUUUAGCUGGAUAUUGUGUUUAUUUUGAAUGGUCUUAUUUAUAUUGUCAAUGAUAACUUAGACUUAAUCAUAUUAGUACUGUUGCUGGAUGUUAAAAAUAGGUUUUAACUCUUUUCUUUCAUGAUAAUUGUCUGCACUAAUAUGUUAAGUCUAACCAUGAAUAUCAUAUAUACAUCAGCUUUUAUAUGUUGAUUAAAUAGUGUGUGUGUGUGUGUGCGUGCGUGUGUGCGUGCGUGCGUGCGUGUGUGUGCGCGCGUGUGUGUGUUGUAAUUUUUACAUUUUGUAAGUAGUUUUUGGCAUUAAAGUGUGGAUGUGCGACAGAGAGAACUCAUGCAGGGUAUACAACUUCAUCAUAGGAAUGAAGGAAGCUCAUGUACAUAGAACUGUAAUUAUUGUUUAUACGUAUAGGAACAUGUGCACAUGUAAUUGAUAAAAAUAAAACUGACAAG